AUGGUCCUGCUGUUGAUUGCUCUCGUGGCAGGAUGCGUGAAAUGCGAAACCAGCAAACACCAGCAACCAGCCACAGCAGCAGCUGCCAAUCGAACGGAACGGUCCGGAUCGCGGACGAACGAGCUGCAACAGUUUGAAGACGCGCUAAUUGACUACGUCAGCGAUUGGUUCGAUCGCAAUUCGCUAGAAUUAGUUCAGAACGCGUUCAGCAAUCGCCAAGCUCGACAAACGGACUCAUCAGGUGGCGGUCCGGUGCAAACGCUCAGCGAGUUCGACCGGACCGUGAUUAAGGGUGUUGCCCGUCUGCUCGGCUCAGCCUCCGAUGCCUUCACGAGCCGCUCCCUAAAACCGUCUUCCGAAUCGGGACGGCUAUUUUUCUUCAAAGGGAUGAAAAAGCUGCUCUGGCCGAUUAUGAUCGGACUGCAGAUUGUCAAAACCGUCCUCGUGAUGAUGUUCCUGCCGAGCAUCAUUGGCUCGCUGGGCAAAAUCGUGGGCAAAGGACUGUCGUCAGUGUCCGGGCUGUCACAUCCGGUGCAGACGGUAGACGAUUUGGAUUUCAAGGAUGCCACCUCGUACAAUGCGGACCACGACUUCGGCAUGAACGACGGCCACGGCUACCUGCCACCGGAUGACAGCCAUCCGUCGGCGACGAACUACAACGGCAUAAUGUACGACCCAUCGGUGAUGGGCGGCCACAGCAAUGCGGCCAACGCCCUGUCCCGGCUCGGCUACGGCGGUGGCCGCGUAACCUACGUCAGCGCGCAGCCCGCGGACCGCCGGAAGCAGCAAUCGGCGAAGAACGAUUUCAAAAUCUUCCACGACAUCCCGAGCAGCAGUCUGUUGCUCACGAACUACGAUCCGUUCUACAGUCCGCUGCUGUCGCGGCUGGACUCCAUUUUCGCCCAGAUGGGCCUGUCCAGCAAGGAGGAACCCUGCCGCCAGAAGCUGGUCUGCCUGAUGUACGCCAACCCGGCCAAGUACGCGCCGUACAGCAACCUUAUCUCGGCGCAGCUCAGCAGGGAACUGGACGAGCUGCGCAAGCCGACCAACGACAAUCCGGAUAUUUUGCGGUUUUUCAAGUACAUGCGAGCGGCAAAGGAUGGCCAGGACGGGGUGGGCUGCGACGGCCACUACAAGGACUGUACCGGCUACAAGGACCUCUCUAAUCCGGCCAUGGUAACGACGUACAACGACAUCAACAAGCUCGUGCACGCCCGGAAACUGUAA